CUAAAGACUUUGACUGAUCAAGAUGAAAAACUUCCUGGUUUCUUCCCUUCCUGAGUUUGCCACCUACGCUACGAUCAUUGUGUUUUUCACGUACAAUGUUUUGUUUGAUAGAGAAGAGGCCUGCACCUGCAAGGAUCAGAAAGUUCACUGCGAUAUAUACAUCAGUGUGCCGAUUUUUAUAAUAUUCCUUUUGUUACUUUGGAAUGACAAGAGCUUCAAUGGUACCUGCAGGGCGUACUGCUGUAUGAGGACAAGGAGGAUCAGUGGAACAAAAUGUUGCCAUAUUAUUUUUCUUCAGAUAGUAAAGGCUUUAGUGAUCGGUCUGCUGUGGGUCAUCUCUGUUUUAUUUGAUGGAGAUUGGUACGCUUGCUGUAGGAACGGACUGUCUAAAGAAGAAGCUCAGAUUCCUUGUAAGACAAACAGAACCCCUGAGGAACAAGCCACCAUUGAUAAUCUGAAAAAUGAGUCAAAGAUUAUUGGCCUGUAUGUACUGCUGGUCCUCCUUUUUCUGGUUGUCUGCUACUCUUUACUAAAGUGGUGGGACUACUGCUAUUCUUUACAAAAGUGCUGUGACUGCUGCAUGAAAAAGUGCUGUGACUGCUGCAGGAAAUGGUCAGGUUACAUUGAUGGAGAUGGACUCUAUGAGCUGAUUGCAAUAAAAGAAGAAGAAAAUAUUGUGAAUGACAUUUUGAAAGAAAGAGCCAAAGAAACUCUGAAGAAAAAGGUUAAUGAAAUACUGGUUGAGAACAAGACGAAGGAAUAUAUGGACGACUAUGAACUUCAUCAAAAAGUGAUCAAUCAACUGCGGCCAGAAGGAAAUCAGGAGAACAUAGAAGGAACGUCUGGAGAUGGGGAAGAAGAGAUGCCCCUUAUGAGCACAUCAUCCAUCCAACAUGAUGAAGGGUUCUAGUACAAGUGGAGACCAGAGCAGAACUUCACCAGCCGACCAGGUAAACUAACACACAGACACAUCCAUGCAUGAAGUCCCUGUUUACUUGAACUAGACACCAGCAGGUUUCCUGAUGUGGAGGCAGAAACUGGAGGACCCAGAAAAACCCCACAUGAGCAGAGCUCUGGGAUUUGAACCAUCAACCUUGUUGCCAUAGCAACAGUUGUAACAAGAAGCCCAUCAACCAGUCCAGUUAAUCAGGAGACGUCAAUUAAUCUGUCUGUCCUUAAAGGUUAUUAUCUGAACUACUAAAUGUGGAUCUUUUUCUUAAAUUUGUAAAUGUGAUGUUGAAUUAAAACUCUAGAAAUAUAGAUCUAGAUUGAUUCCUACAAAGCAGCAUAGAUCCAAAACCAGCUUUUUUUUCUUCUAGAUGUGAUUUUGCAAUAUUGUGAAAGUAAAAGAAUGAAGUCCUGAAAAUCUGUUAAUGUGGGUGUAAUGAAGGUUUUCAUUACUUGUAUAAAAACACUUAAAAGGGGUUGAAUGAUGAGACAAAUACAAAUUGAAGUAUUUUAUUGUGUUUUGUCCAGUGGCACCUCAGCUGGAACUGAUGGUGUCCUGUUAAAAUAAAACAAACAAAUGGAUGGGUUUUGUAACUGUCUGAAAUACACUGAAAUGUUUGUGGAAAUGGCUUACCUCUGUCUCUUCCUCUGCAGGGUGUUCAGGCUAAAAGAUUCCCCGGGGGCCUGAACACCUUAUAAAGGUUCCGGAAGAGACCAAAUGCAGAUGGAAGAGGGGGAGCGAUGAAACUAUGUAUUUUAGAAGUGUAAUGAUUGGAUUUAUAUUUAUAGAAAGGUAUUUUAGAAAUGAAAUGGCAGCUUAAAAAUGAAGAGUGUUGUUAUGAUUAUGUUGAAGAUUUAGUUGUUUUGUUAAGGUUGUCUGUAUAUAGGUAUUUUGUCCUACCCUGUUUCUUGGUGGGGUUGUUAAUGGGAGCAGCCAGGGACUAUAAAAACCUGUAUGUUGGCCACAUUGCAGGUUAGUAGGUGUGGCUGCUGCUGAGAUCCAAGGCCAUUGUAAGCAGGAUUGUCUCUAUGGUAAAUGUUGGAAAAUAAACACCUGGUUGGUCUGCACUAUUUCUCUGCCUCAAGACUCCUCUGUAAACCAGCCGCUAAGGGCCAUCCUAACAGUGGGAUUUAGAGGGCAUGUCCUAGUCAAAGACCAGACCAAGGCUCCUCACAGUAACUCUAGAUGUAAAGUUAAGAGUUAUGGAAACUUCUGGAUUAAUAAAGAGAUUAAUGUUCCUGAUUUAAGGUCAACAGAAACAGCUGAGAACCAGAAUAAUAUCAUUUAUCAUCUAUUUAUUUUUCACUGACAUCAGGAACAAACUCAGCAUCUGUUUUGUUUACCGGUUUCUGUGAAGUUUCUUCUAAAUGAUGUGAUUUUAUAUUUUUCAGGAGGAGCAACAUUUACUGGACUAGAGCCAGAGGACGAACAGCAGGUCAUAAACCCUCAGCAACAUGUUAAACUUUUUUUGUUUGUUUGUUUGUUUUUCUGACAUCAGAAAUCAAUUUAGAUUUGUGAAAUAUGGGAGGGGGCUGCACAGUGGCGCAGUUGGUAGCACUGUUUUUUUGCAGCAAGAAGGUCCUGGGUUCGAUUCCUUGGGUCUUUCUGCAUGGAGUUUGCAUGUUC